GAAAUAACUUAACAAAAAAGCAAGAUACGAAAGAUACUUGUACACAUACCCAACAAACUCUCAACUCGAAAGCCCGAAAAUUUUGAACUUGAAGAGAAGGGAGAGAAGAGUUUGAUCAAAUUCAAGUUGAAAUCCGUUUUGGGAAACUAUUGUAUCAGCAAGUUUUUCACAUCAUAGACAUGCCAACCAAGUUUGGAAGAUUGGUCUCUUUGGUUUACAAGAGAGGAUUUUCCACCUCCACCAGCGUUCAAAAGGGUGCUUCUGAGCAAGGUGUGAAAUCAUUGAACCUCUGUUCUGCAAUUAAUCAGGCUCUGCACAUUGCCUUGGACUCUGAUCCCCGUUCUUAUGUGUUUGGAGAGGAUGUAAGCUUUGGUGGUGUCUUCCGUUGCACAACAGGAUUAGCAGACCAAUUUGGUAAAAAGAGGGUUUUCAAUACUCCUCUCUGUGAGCAGGGAAUUGUUGGCUUUGGUAUUGGUCUUGCAGCUAUGGGAAACCGAGCCAUAGCAGAAAUCCAGUUUGCAGAUUACAUUUUCCCUGCUUUUGAUCAGAUUGUCAAUGAAGCUGCCAAAUUCAGAUACCGGAGUGGGAACCAAUUUAAUUGCGGUGGUUUAACAAUUAGAACCCCUUAUGGAGCUGUGGGCCAUGGUGGGCAUUACCACUCUCAGUCCCCUGAGGCUUUCUUCUGUCAUGUUCCUGGUAUCAAAGUGGUCAUCCCCAGAAGUCCACGACAAGCAAAAGGGUUGUUGCUAUCUUGCAUUAGAGAUCCAAAUCCUAUAGUAUUUUUUGAACCGAAGUGGCUUUAUCGUUUGGCCGUAGAAGAAGUACCGGAGGAUGAUUACAUGCUUCCUUUAUCUGAGGCUGAGGUGAUUCGGCAAGGAAGUGAUGUAACCCUUGUGGGAUGGGGAGCUCAAUUAUCUAUAAUGGAACAAGCUUGUAUUGAUGCGGAAAAGGAGGGAAUUUCUUGUGAAUUGAUUGAUCUGAAGACACUAAUUCCUUGGGACAAGGAAACAGUAGAAGCCUCAGUUAAUAAAACAGGAAGAUUGCUAGUUAGUCAUGAGGCUCCUAUAACUGGAGGUUUUGGUGCUGAAAUCUCAGCUUCCAUUGUUGAGCGUUGCUUCUCAAGGUUAGAGGCCCCUGUAGCAAGAAUUUGUGGUCUGGACACUCCAUUUCCUUUGGUUUUUGAACCUUUCUACAUGCCAACAAAAAAUAAGAUAUUGGAUGCAAUAAAAUCAACUGUGAAGUACUAAUGAACUUAGUCACCAUAUUUUGGUCAUCUAUAAAAUCUUGAUGCCACGGAGUGAUUCAUUAGUAAAUAGCACGAUGGAAGUAGGUGGUUAUGAAAAACUGUUAUAUAAAAAUAUUAACAAAAGAACAAUGGGCAUACACAUGUAGUGCCUUUAAUUUGAAACGAGUGAUCUCCAUCAGUAAAAAUUUCCUAUGAUAAAUAGACUUUUUCUCUUUAAUUGAUUUACCUUCAUAAUGUGUA